GCGCAUGCGCACGCGCAUAGUAGCUCUGAAUUUCUGGCUUCCGGAAUAUACUAGAUUCACAUCUUUAUAUUCUGAUCCACGUGCACCGCUGGAUCGUGCUCUAGCUUUAUUUGUCUUAAGUGGCUUUUAUAAAGAAUGAAGUGAUUGCGUUUUUCGCAUAAAGUAUUUAUUUAGUUCGGCGUGGUGAAAACGCGUUAUAUAUAUUAAAAGAGGCAGCUCCGCUACUUUACUAUUAGUAAAAUUUCAUUGCUGCGUGUGGUGCUAUAAUUUUACAAAAGUAAAUUCAAAGUGUCUCUUUAUCUCCGAAAUUAUUUGCAAAAGCAAUAUGGCAGAUAGUAAGGAGAGUAAUAGGAAUAUUAAGCUAGCUUACAUAAAAUAUUUGGAUGGUGUCAAUAGAGGUGUAAUGGAUAUAAUUAAAACAGAUCAAAUCCUUGGCCGUUAUACUUCUGAUUCAUCAUGCAUUUUUGACAAAACUAAGAGAUAUAAAUUGAAAGAUCCUACUAAACUACCAGAGAAUUCACCCAGGAUUCAACUUUUGUGUAUAGCUGAAAAUAAAGAUGACUUGAAGAAACAGAUUGAUACUAUAAGGAUUCCAUCGUGUAAGAAUUUAGUCUCAGCAUCGGAGGAAAGUGAUACCCAAGAAACAGCUCGGUCAAUUGCAUCUACCAGUUCUCAAAAGUCGAGUACUAAUAUGUUUAAGCUGAAACAAUCAUCAGAAUAUUCAAAAAUCUUAAAAGCCAGGCAAGAAGAGAAGGAAUUACAAAAGAGAAAAUUACAGGGUCAAAGUGAUAAACGAAAAACCAAAUCAGUGAAACUGAGUGAUCACCAGACUGCGUCUUCUCAAUUUCAAGGUAACUUGAAUGAUUCUUUUCCAGCAGAAGACCAUCAAGGAAAAGAAACUCAUGAUGUCACUGAUGAACCAAUUUUGGAACAGAAGGAUUUGAAUCAAGAAAAAAACGAAACGGCCAUGAUAUUGAGUCGCCAGCCUUCUUCUUUUGCUCAAGUUGAAAACAAAACUGAUUCCUUCUCAGGAGGAGAUCAUGAAAAAGAUAAAAUACGUUUUGAAGAUAUAAAUACCCUAUUAGGAAGCGUUGAAAAGAAGGUUGAGCCCCAUGAACCUUUUUUAGAUGAAAAAGAAAGUCAUGAAAAUGUAGGUACUAACGAGGAUGAUGAAAAGCAUGAAUUGACUGGUGAAUCAAGCACUUUAGUAAAGAAGGAUAAUCAUCCAGAAAGUGGUGGACGCAAACCGAGAAUUAUCGACAAUCGUUGCCUUGACUCACUCAAACAAAAUAACUUAUUGAAAAAAAAAGAAAAACAGAUUUCUGAAUUAAAACAGGAACUUGGAAAUGUAGAUCGUAAGUAUCGGAAUUUAAAAAAUGACUACAAAGAAGUUAAACAGGAAAACAAAGAGUUGAGAGAUAGAAACCUUAAACUACAAGAUAACAUUAGUCAUGAUAUUAUGAAGCUUGGAGUAUUGGUGGACCAACAGAAUAAAAUUUGUGCUUCCAGCAGUAAUAUUGUUGACCCAAAACUUAAAAGUGUACCCAUUGGAUUUAUUGAACAGGAUGGUAGUGUUCAUAUGGGUCAAAAUAAAUAUUUGCCCGCCAGUAUUAAUGAUACUGUCGUAUCAUCAUUGAGUCCUGCAACUUUCGUAGGAAACCUCCUAGUUGCAGUAUUUGGGCCCACUACUUUAAUGAAAAGUAGUCUCACAGGUAGAGUCAGCAACAGAAGAAUUGGCAAAAUAAAGAAAAAUAAAGAACAAGAUAAAGAAAAUGAAAAUGAGCACGGCGAAAAUGACUUGCCCCAAGCUGAAAAAUUAGAAAAGUUGGAUCCUAAACAACUGCUGGCUUGUCAAGAUUAUUUUGGCUAUUGGUUAGAAAUAUAUUAUGAACCAAAAUUGACCAAAGCCCAAACGAAGAAAUAUGAUAGAACCAUAGAAAUAGCCUGUUUUCGCGAAUAUGCAACAAAGAAAAUAGCAUACAUGAAAAAGCCAAAAAGGGCAAAGAUAAAUAAGAAAAACUUAAGGAAGUCUGAAGAUUUUGAAGAACAGGAACCAACGAAUAACGAAACCGGCGGAACCGACCCAUUACAACUGAAUUCUGACAUUGAAACAGAAUUAAACUCAGAAAAUAUAUUUGAUGAGUCUUGGUUGGAAUCUUCAAGUGAUAUUGAGGAUUAGAAUAAUUAGUAACAUCUGAUUAUUCUAAUAAUCUUUAUUCUUUAUUUAUUAAGUCGUUUGAAUUUAGAAAUGUUAAUAAUUUAUUCACUAUAGUGUACAUCAUUAUUUAUAUAAUUUAUAUAUGCUAUUGAG